CAUUAAAACUCUUAUAUCCAAACGCAAACAUAACGAACCAUUAAAAAUAAACAGUCUGAUGCUUACACUAAACGUGGACAUGGAUCUACUGAGGUAUGAAGCCCAUCCACAGUGAACCGAUCGAGCGUUCAGCGUCAAUUAUAUGAAAUGUGUUGUGGGAUAAGUGACUAUACGGAUACUUAAUAAAAGUGUGCAGAAGAGUUUAUUAAUACGCCGGAGAAAAAUCAUGGCAAACAGCGUCACUCAAGAGUACAUGCAGAUCCCAGCCGUCACGCGAGCUUAUACCACUGCAUGCGUCCUGACCACUGCAGCUGUGCAAAUGGAGUUCAUCACACCGUUUCAACUCUAUUUUAACCCUGACUUGAUAUUAAAGAAAUACCAGGUAUGGCGACUGAUCACAAACUUCUUGUUUUUUGGACCUCUUGGAUUCAGCUUCUUGUUCAAUAUAAUUUUUCUAUAUCGUUACUGUCGAAUGCUGGAGGAAGGCUCUUUCCGCGGUCGAACCGCAGAUAUGGUCUAUAUGUUCCUGUUCGGUGGUAUUCUUAUGACUCUGUUUGGUCUAUAUGCCAACCUGUUCUUUUUAGGACAGGCUUUCACUAUAAUGCUGGUUUAUGUCUGGAGUAGAAGGAACCCUUAUGUCCGCAUGAACUUCUUUGGCCUGCUCAACUUCCAGGCCCCAUUCCUUCCCUGGGUGCUCAUGGGAUUCUCACUGUUACUGGGCAACUCCAUUGUUAUUGAUCUCCUGGGGAUAGGUGUAGGACACAUCUACUACUUCCUGGAGGAUGUAUUUCCUAACCAGCCAGGAGGCAGAAAGCUUCUUGCCACUCCUGGAAUUUUUCGAGUUUUGUUUGACAUGCCUCAAGAAGAUCCGAAUUACGCCCCUCUUCCGGAAGACCAGAGUGGGAUAUCCUGGAAUGGACAAGGUGUAGAAGAUGCUGGCCAAGGUCAAAAUGAUGAGGAUCUUCAAGGAGAAGAAAACUGAAGGUUUCAAAGACUGCAAUAAAUCUUGUCAUGCUUUUAAAGUC